AUGGCGAUGGAUAUGAAGUACGUCACAACCGCGCCCCCUUCCCCAACGCAGGCGGGGAUCGUACCAAACUGCAUAAGGUGGAUGAAGGCCUAUGAUGUGGACAAGGACGACACUUGCGCUGCCUUUGCAUCCCGCGCCCAGGACAGUCGGACAUACUUUUAUAGCCUGAACCCCUUCCUCGGCAAGAAUGGCGAGAACUGCAGCGCCCUGUUUUGGGCAAAUUAUUGGUACUGCAUUACGGCCAAGGAACCGGCGGAGACCGUGGUCACCAUCACGCCCACGCCGACACCACCACCUGCUACUGCUAAAACCACUUUACAGUCCGUCGUCCAAUCAUUUUCCGCCACUUCUACUCCCACUAUAUCCGAGCCACAGUCCAUCUAUGAGCCAAAAGACCACACAUAUGUCGGCUGUGCUUCCGAACUGCCCAACUGGCACGCCUUGGUCGGUGCCACUUUUGGAUAUAGCAAGAUGACGGUCGACUACUGUACAGCCUAUUGCGACAGACGAAAAUAUACUCUUUCGGGUCUGAAGAAUGGACGCGAGUGCUGGUGUGACAAUACCCUGGCUGCAGACUCAAAGGUUGACACUGGUAUCGGGAAGUGUACAACCCCGUGCGGCGGUAAUAGUAGCCAGUUUUGCGGUGGCGGCACCGGAUUUCUCUCGGUAUACAGGCGCAGCGAUGCCAAGGUAAAGACUAGAGGAGCUCCGACGGCAGACAAGAAAGAGAGGACUGCUCCUACUGAUCUGGGACCACAUGCCACGAGCAUUGGCGUGGAUGGCCAGCCUACUGUCAUCAAGACGGUUAAAAUGGUCCGGCGCGGUCGAUUUGCAAGGAGGAAUGGCUUUCCUGGAUGA